UGGGACUGGAUUUGUCUUGAAUCUGUUUAAGAUUUAUGAGACGAAACGUGGAGGUGGAGCCUGUUAAGGUUAAAGCAACUGGCAUGUAUAGGAUUUAACUGUAUAUGCGCUUUUGAAAGAGCAUCUCCUCCGAUGAAAUUCCCCUCCGUCAUUACCGCCUCGGACUUUCACUUAGAGGGGUACCUUCCAACUUCUCCAGUUAACCUUCAGUAACCACUGUAGGUUAACUGCCAUCUUUAUGUCUAUGUAGUUGUUACCUUGUUAGGAGGAUGCACUGGUGAAUAACUUAAGUGUCCAUGUUUUGGGUAAACAGUGUCUCCUUGUGUUAGUCUUAUUGAAUCACACUGUAUGUGGUAUGUGUCGUAUUUUCUAUGUGGACCAUUCGUGGACAUAUCAUUCAACAUUGCUCUUUGCAACACACAAACCAAUAAUUAUCCCACUGGGUUCAAAUGAAUUCAUGUUUUCAAUACUUGUCAACUCAUUUCAAGAAUUGUCUAGAAUCCUGUCACAUUCUCAACAUUAAGAAAAACGUCAGUCUUAUUCUGUCUCAUUCAAAGACACUGAUGCCAUAUUAACUGAACAGGUAACAACAUGUAAUUACAGUUAUCAUCUAAACCCCCCCUCGGCUUUGGAUUUCUAUACAUUACAUCUGUUGGUUCCUGGUUCAGCACCAAAUUUAAUAUUCACUGAUUAACUCAAAAUGGAGGAGAUUUUAUUUUCUCUGAUGUUGUGCACCCUUUUCUGCCUGUGAAGGUGCCCUUGCCUCUCUCACAGGCUCAGUGUUGUUCCCAUCAUGUCUCACUAUGUGGUCUCACCGGUGGCUCUCUUUAAGUUUCCAAAUGUUUGACACUCCUUAUGAUUCUUACGAAUUUUGAAUCAUACAGUGUUAUGUAAAACGCAACCAGCUGCGUUUAAUGCCUUACAGUUUGUUAUCGUCAAUUACUGCACAUGUAUGAUGCUUUAUACUUGAACUAUGAUACAAGUGCUCCAUCUGAGUAUCUUACUCCUAUCAUCAUCAUGUCUAACUGAAUCAUUCAAAAGACAGAUUAACCAUUGUGUUGUCCCCAUUAAAACAGGCUGAUCAGCAUUGUGCUGUGGGUCACAAUAACAAGGAAUCGCCUUCAGUGACGUAUCUGAACAAGAAACAAGGAAGCAAAUGAAUUACGAGAGAUGUUAGUUUCAGUUGCGUUUAAAAACGAGAUAUCACAAUCGCAGGUUUGCAGAUGAACAGUUUACUGUGAAGAGAAAUGACCAUGGCUAGAUACCGAACAAUGAUGGAGUUGCUCUUCAGUGUUGCGAUCCUUUUUCAAGGGUGUGAAUCGGACGUGAGAUGCAGGGAUGGCCACGGAACGGAGGUGGACUGGUAUAUAGUAUACAAAUACCCCAGUGGGAUGGAUGAUUUGUCAUACCUGUACAUGGAUGAGAGCACCAACGGAUGGAAAGUCAACAAAAAAGCAAUCAACAGUACAUCUGGUCCUCUGGCAAACACCCUGAAACCUCUUUUUGACUUCUACGACAGAAAGACUGAAGGCUUUGGAUACAUGCUCUAUAAUGAUCAACCUCCACAACUUCCAAAUCAAACAAAACCUCAAUCUGUUUCUCAAUCAUAUGGCCACAGUAAAGGAGUUGUGAUGUUGGACAAACAAACAGGAGUUUGGCUCUCACACAGUACACCAGGAUUUCCCGUUUAUCAGAACAAAGACUUCUGGCCAAACAGCGGAAAUAUGAAUGCUCAAAUUUUUAUGUGUGUGACUUACUCCUAUAAGACAUUCAAAGAAAUAGCAUUGCAGCUGGAGUACAUCCAUGGUUACUCAUACGACUCUAACAUCUCGACAACCUUCCACGAGGAGCUGCUAUGUGUUGCACAACGAGACUGCUACCCAAAACAAGAACCCUGGUUUAGUGUGAAGACGCUGACUUCGAUGGGUGGACAGUCGUUUUCCAGCUAUGCAAAAUACACUCGUUUUGGGGAUGAUCUUUACUCCGGCCUUAUUGUGAAGUUCUUGGAGCAGAAUCUGUAUGUCAAGAGCUGGGGGAAAAUGCGAUGCCCGCUGCCUUCUACCUGCACCCCUGAGGGUCAUCAUGUGAACAAUGUGGUCGAAGUGAAGCUCCCGAAAAGGAAGUUCUUUAAGUCUACUGUAGAUCACUCCAAGUGGUGUGUGACUCCUGAUGGUAACUGGACCUGCAUAGCUGAUAUGAACCGCGAAAUGAGUCAGAUGAAAAGGGCUGGAGGAGCAAUAUGCACUGAAAAUGUUGCCGUUGCGAAGGCAUUCAAUAAAAUUGUCAAAUUAUGUGACACAUAUAAACCUGCACCUUACAAUCAUGAUGCUCAUUCUCACGAGCUUUAAAGGCACAACCCUUUAUUGCAAUGGAAAGAAAUAUGUUUUUGCACGACCAAAAGCUAAGAUACAAGACUGCAGCCAGAUAUCCCUGGAUAUUACCUACAACAUUACAUAUUCAGUCCUAAAAGUGUUGCAAGCUUGACAUUUUAGAGGUUUUAGAUACCAUGUUUGGUGUAACUUCAAAAAAAAUUAAAGAUUUUAAAUCAUGCCUUCAGCAUUUACUUCAAUACAAUCAGGAUAAUAUUACUGCAGAUCAAAUAAAUUGGAAUUAAUGAUUAUAAUGCAUGACAUUGAAUUCCAAAUGUUAGGUUGCUGCCGUUUUGUUUUAGUUUGUAUCCUGUUACGAAGCUUUCGCCGGAGACAGAAAGUUACAUGCAAAAUUCAAAUUACAGUAUAACUCUUCGAUAAAUGGGGAGUGAGAGCGUUAUUCUAUAUUGGGAAUUAACUAAAUAUUGUAAAUGGAAUUUUAGACAAUGUAUUAUUAUUUGGAUGUCGUGUGUAGAGUAACAUGCAACACAACACAUGUGCUAAAUGCAGAUCAUAUCAUUUAGUUCCUGUAUUAGAUGCACAAUCUUUAACUUGAAACUACAGGCAUAAGUGAAGUAAAUUAUAGUUAUUUUUAUUAUUGUUUUCAUGCUUUAUUAUCACAUUGGGAAAAUUGAGCAAAUAUAUAUGCUAGGUGGAGCCAUUUUACAUUCUUAUGGUUUGACUUGUUCAACACACUGGUUCAAGUUAAUCAUUCAGGAAGUGGCUUUCUAUUUUAAGUGGAACUAUCUUUACCCAGUGAUACCACACCUUCCUGUUCACACCACCAUACUUUUAGAAUUCUGGGUCCUAAUCAGGUGACCAUUAUUAUAGUCAACAGUUUAAAAUUUCAAAAACAAAUCCUUGGAGAGACAUUUUGUUGUCUAACAUUGACUGUUUUUGCAGGACAUUUACAGCAUAAUAUUAGGGUUGGUUGCGUCUGAGUCAGAAAGAUGUUGAUGUUUUCUCAGGUUGAAAUGUGUGGUGUUUAACUGCAUUGUACUGUAUUGUGUUUAAAAUAUGGUGUCUCCUCUAUGUAUAUUCUGUUAUGUACAUGUUCAUGGAUAUACAGUAUAUAAAGUGUUUCAUCUUAUUGUGAUUGUGGUGUUUAACUGGACCUGCAUAGCUGAUACGGACAGAGGUUUUAGAUACCAUAUUUGGUGUAACUUUAAAAAUGUUUUAAAGAUUUUAAAUCAUGCCUUCAGCAUUUACUUCAAUACAAUCAGGAUAAUAUUACUGCAGAUCAAAUAAAUUGGAAUUAAUGAUUAUAAUGCAUGACAUUGAAUUCCAAAUGUUAGGUUGCUGCCGUUUUGUUUUAGUUUGUAUCCUGUUACGAAGCUUUCGCCGGAGACAGAAAGUUACAUGCAAAAUUCAAAUUACAGUAUAACUCUUCGAUAAAUGGGGAGUGAGAGCGUUAUUCUAUAUUGGGAAUUAACUAAAUAUUGUAAAUGGAAUUUUAGACAAUGUAUUAUUAUUUGGAUGUCGUGUGUAGAGUAACAUGCAACACAACACAUGUGCUAAAUGCAGAUCAUAUCAUUUAGUUCCUGUAUUAGAUGCACAAUCUUUAACUUGAAACUACAGGCAUAAGUGAAGUAAAUUAUAGUUAUUUUUAUUAUUGUUUUCAUGCUUUAUUAUCACAUUGGGAAAAUUGAGCAAAUAUAUAUGCUAGGUGGAGCCAUUUUACAUUCUUAUGGUUUGACUUGUUCAACACACUGGUUCAAGUUAAUCAUUCAGGAAGUGGCUUUCUAUUUUAAGUGGAUCUUUACCCAGUGAUACCACACCUUCCUGUUCACACCACCAUACUUUUAGAAUUCUGGGUCCUAAUCAGGUGACCAUUAUUAUAGUCAACAGUUUAAAAUUUCAAAAACAAAUCCUUGGAGAGACAUUUUGUUGUCUAACAUUGACUGUUUUUGCAGGACAUUUACAGCAUAAUAUUAGGGUUGGUUGCGUCUGAGUCAGAAAGAUGUUGAUGUUUUCUAAGGUUGAAAUGUGUGGUGUUUAACUGCAUUGUACUGUAUUGUGUUUAAAAUAUGGUGUCUCCUCUAUGUAUAUUCUGUUAUGUACAUGUUCAUGGAUAUACAGUAUAUAAAGUGUUUCAUCUUA